AUGGCGACCAAUUCUCUCCACUCUUCUACAGACCUCUAUCGGCGCCUCACAUGGCAGUCUACCGUCCCCAUAUCCAUCCGACUCGCCCCCUCCUCCACUUCCCCCAAUGCCCCCGCCGCGAUAACCGAUACCUACUUCAUCCAGGCGCCCCGGCAUACGUACUUGCCGCUCCUGAUCCGGGAAAUAAAGCAGAACAUGGUGGAGCUGGCGUUGGGGGAUGAGGAUGUGGCCAAGUAUGAUGUGAAGGAUUGGUGGUUUGAGGAAGAGGAGGAAGUGGGGGGUGAGGGGGUGAGGAGCUUUGCGGGUCAAGGGGCUUGUCGAUGGCAUUGGCCGAUAGACCUUAUCGCUACCCAUUCAUACAUGUCCCGCCCUCGCUCCCUACCCCUCGUUGCUCAAGCCUCACUUCCACCCGCCUCACCCCCCAUACUCCGUCUUGUCCUCCAUCUAUCAAAGCCGCCAGCUGACAAGCUGCUCAUGCCGAAUGAUCUCGCGACUUGCAAGUCGCAGUGGCUCAACCAGGUCAAAGAGGCAGACUUUGUGAGGUGGAGGAAUACUACGAGGGUGACGAAUUUGAGGAAGGUGGACCUUGAGGCGGGGUGGGAUGGGAUCGUCCUCGAUGACUUUGAAUCUUAUUCCAAGAUGGCGUCAAAGAUCGUCCCUCUUCCGAUUCCAGCACCGACAAACCAACAGCAGCCUUCUCGCCCACCUUCGACAGACCCGUCGGGUCGAGCUACUGCGACAGAGUCGACAUAUGCGACUCGUUCGGUUCCUAUCAAGCUCUACCUCCCCGACAAUGCUCCUGCCAUCCAAGAUGUGCUUUCCCCUAUGGACGAGAAUGGCAAACCCAACACCCUCAUCUCUGUCCUCCACAAGCUCAUUCCCCUCCUCUUCCCUGUACCACCCUCAUCAUUCAAAGACCCGUACCCUCUUGCGUUUCCGAUAGCUCAAGGGAUAGUGUUGCCGGCGGAAGCGGAUAUUGCGUGGGUAGCGAGCUGCGUGUGUGGUGCAGAUGGGUGGGUGAGACUGGGCAUCUGUCUAAGGGCGGCGUGA